AAGUUUAAAUUUUUCCCUCGGAGAUGUUAGUUCAUGUGAAUCCUGCGUGUGUAAAGGCAAUUUUGACGAGCUAAACCUUCUUUUGCUGUGUUUCUUGAGAAAAAAAAUUUAAGGCAUCCAACGAGCAUAUAAAGCCCAAAAAGAGGUAGCCCCAUGGGUGACAAAGAGAAGAGAGUUGGAAAGAUCGAUAGGAGACCGAUGUGCAGAUACGGAACAGAUUGUUACCGUAAAAAUCCGGUUCAUUUUAAGGAAUAUAGACACCCAGGUUAUGACUCUGACACUGAUGAUGAUGAUGAUGACAAGUUGGAGAAGUCUCCGCCAGCUAAAAGACAGAAGUUAACUAGUAGUUUGACAACCAGUGAGCCGUCAUUUUCAUCGUCUUCAUCAUCAUUACCAAAAGACACUGAGAAUGACAUGAAGUGUUUGCCAUUUUUACUGACCACUGUUCGAGGAAUUCCUUCUGAAUUUAAUAACAAAAAUAUGGCAGUUAGCAUUAAAGAUAUCCUUUCAAAUACAAUGGGGAACUUGGAGGCAUCAGCACAGUUCAACUACAUGUUUGAUAUUCCAUGGUUGAUGGAGCAGUACCCAGCAGAUAAAAGGUCCAAACCUUUAUUAAUCGUUCAUGGAAAUCAGAGAGAGGCAAAGGCUCAACUUCAUAAAGAAGCAGAACCAUAUCCAAAUAUUAAACUGUUUGCUGCCAGACUAGAAGCAUUUGGAACACAUCAUAGCAAAAUGAUGCUACUGUUGUACAAAGAGGGCUUAAAAGUUGUGAUCACCACAGCAAAUCUCAUUGCCAUGGACUGGGACCAGAAAACACAAGGGGUUUGGAUGAGUCCAGUGUUUCCUAAACUUUCCAAGUUAUCUGGUGAAGAAUAUGCAAACUAUUCACGAACUAAUUUUAAAGAGGAUUUAUUGGAAUAUUUGGCAGCAUAUGGGGGUAGUGCACUAGAUGAAUGGAAGAAACAUAUUCGGGAACAUGAUAUGUCAUCUGCAAGGGUUCGCCUAAUAGCCUCUGUUCCUGGGAGACACACUGGAGUCAAUAAAACCAAAUGGGGCCAUCUUAAACUUCGUAAGGUUCUUCACCAACAUGGACCUAGCUCUGAUGACAUCAGCUCCAAGUGGCCUGUGAUUGGUCAGUUUUCCAGCAUAGGUUCUCUUGGGAAUGACAAGGACCGUUGGCUGUGUUCUGAAUGGUUACAAAGCUUGUCCACAUGUUCUGGUAACAUGAU